CUCCGCGCGGGGCCGGGGGCGGUUUGAGCGGCGGCGGCCGGCGCGGCGGCGGCUCCGGCACGAUGCUGCCCCUGUCCCUGCUGAAGACGGCGCAGAACCACCCCAUGCUGGUGGAGCUGAAGAACGGCGAGACGUACAACGGGCACCUGGUGAGCUGCGACAACUGGAUGAACAUCAACCUGCGCGAGGUCAUCUGCACCGCCCGGGACGGCGACAAGUUCUGGAGGAUGCCGGAGUGCUACAUCCGGGGCAGCACCAUCAAAUACCUCCGGAUCCCUGACGAAAUAAUCGACAUGGUGAAGGAAGAGGUGGUGUCCAAGGGCAGGGGCCGCGGCGGGAUGCAGCAGCAGAAGCAGCAGAAGGGCCGCGGCGUUGGCGGCGCCGGACGAGGUGUGUUUGGUGGCCGUGGCCGAGGAAUACCGGGCAGUGGAAGAGGCCAGCAGGAAAAAAAGCCGGGCAGGCAGUCAGCGAAGCAGUGAGGGGCUGCCUGCCCCCUGGCCGGGGACAGUGCCGCGGUGCUCUUUGGUUUGAUCACACCUCAGGAUUGCCACGCGUUCAAAAGUGUUCCGUUUCUGCUCCUCGACCCGUGCCCGAAUCAUGUAGUUGGGAAGCCCCUCGCGAUUUAAUCCGGUAAAGUGGAGUUACACGUUUUGGUCAGCAAGUCUGCAAUUGGAAACGUCCAAAAAAUCAUCAUCAUAAUUCACGGUUAAGGACCUAACUUCAGCCCUCUCCUGAGAGCGGAAGCACUGUUUAAUUUUUCAGGGUCUCCGGGUGUAAUUUAAAGGAAUAUCGUGUGCCGUGGUGUAAGAACGAAGGCGAGCGCUUUCCGGAUUGUUUGUGUUCCUUUUUUGUUUCUUUUAUACUUGAAGCUUUGGAAACUUGUUGCGUUUGUAAGCUGCAGGCGCUUUGGUUUGAAAGCACUGAACUUGAGGAUACCGUGUCUCUACGUGAGCGGUCUUAAAGGUUUGUUUGCUGUUAUUUUUAACAAAGCAGACUUUUAAGCCGCCCCCUUAUCCUCCGUUUGGGGCCGGUCAGCGCUGGCUCUCUCCAAAAGGAGAACCUGGGGUUGAACGUCGCGUCGCCCUUCAAGGGCUGUUUCCCGGAGAGCUCCGCGAUUUGAGGGAUUCCCAAUUAGCGCCUUUCUAAUUUGACUCCGGAUUAGAAUUUUCCUUUAAAGGAAAGGCUUUUCCAUGUUUCCUCGUGGAAGGCUGCUGUGCCCCUUGCUCCUCGCUUUUUUUUGUUUUCUUGAAAAGCAGCCGAGCUGGUGAUUUCCUCCCCCCCCCCCCCCCCCUUCUCUCCCUUGUGCCUGUGACACGAAAUCCCCAAAUCUGAUUUCUGGAGUUCCACCAGCGUUCCUCAAGCUGAUUCCUCGUGCUACGCGGGGACCGCCUUCGCUCUACCACUGUCACUUCGUUUUCUGGCCGUACCUCUCCCUCCUCGGGGACACGGAGCGCGCGCGUGCCCCUCCUGUGGGUUAACAAGUUCCCGCUUCUCUCUAGGUCAGGUUGCUCCGAGUCUUCCAACCCACAGGGUCCCACGAGCAAAAUGCGCCCCAAAAUAUUGUCCUGAAUCUGAAUUGAAAGCCUGUGGGGGGGCACGGGGGGGGGGAAGAAAGAGGCUUUAGGCCCUGCCUGAAGUCCCCGGUGGAUGAAAUUGUUUAAUUUUAGGGUAAAAGCAGAAGAUAUUGUAACUCGCUCUGAACGUUUUCUUGGUUUUGUGAUUUAUUUUGUUUUUCUUUACAACUGAUUUCCACGUUGAAGCCUACUCUCUGCCAUCACUGCUGGGAAGAGAAAACGAGUAAAAAGAAAAAAAACGUGCUUUUAUAUAUACUUAUUUUUUUAAACGUUUAUAAAAACCUGUGCGAAGUGGUGAGUAGGAAUAAAUCGCCGACCUGUCGAAAAA